GCCAGCAGGGCUGGUAAAGCGAGCGCUCCGCUGGGUGUCUGCUGCUGCCGGGAAAGCUCCGUCUGUCCACCCGCGGUGCCAGGACAUCGAGCUAAGCCUGAAUUAGCCGCAGACGUGUCAGGGUAAUCCAGUUAGUGAGUCGCUAACAAUGAAAAACACUCUACUUAGUUGAGUUGGGCUCAGAGCAGGGGAAAGUUUUGCGCUAACUUGACAUUAGCAGCCGAGCUAGCGAGUGUUCAAUCUCUGCUCCUCAGUUGGUUUCAGUUCGGCAGUUGCGGUUUAACGUUUGAUGGGUGAGCCACCGGUUCGCGUGUGUAUCGGUCGACAGCGCGGAUGAAUGGCCUGGCCCAGGUUCGAUUCGACACCAUAUGCUGGGGAGCACUUUUGACUCGAGGCUGUCAACAAACGCUCUGACGUUAGCUGCCCUGACUAGCCGCCGUGCUAGCACGUCCGACCAUCAUGGCCAAAACGGAGAACGGCCGCCAGGCUGCGGUGGACACCCGCAGCAUCCGGACCAUCAGCAGCAGCCACAUAGACGACGAGAGCUCGCUCGGGUCCGACUCCGAGAUCAACGGCUUCGCCAGCGAGAGACAAACGGACAAAUAUGGAUUUAUCGGCGGAGCGCAGCAGUACUCGGAAGAAUCAGCUCAGGAUGUGCCUCCUGCCGUCCUGAGGCAGAGGGAGGUGAAGUGGCUGGACAUGCUGAACCACUGGGACAAGUGGAUGAUCAAGAGAUACAAUAAGGUGAGGCUGCGCUGCCAAAAAGGAAUCCCGCCGGCGCUGCGAGGUCGAGCCUGGCUCUACCUCUCUGGAGGGAAAGUGAAGCGAGAGCAGAACCAAGGAAAGUUCCAGGAGCUGGACAGUCAACCAGGGGACCCGAAAUGGAUCGAUGUCAUUGAGAAAGACCUGCAUCGGCAGUUCCCAUUCCAUGAGAUGUUUGUGUCACGUGGAGGACAUGGGCAGAAGGAUCUGUUCCGGGUUCUGAAGGCCUACACUCUGUACAGACCAGAGGAGGGUUACUGUCAGGCUCAGGCUCCCAUCGCUGCCGUGCUGCUCAUGCACAUGCCCGCUGAGGAUGCCUUCUGGGGACUUGUGCAGAUUUGUGAGAAGUACCUUCCUGGCUACUACAGCCCCGGCCUGGAAGCCAUCCAGUUGGACGGCGAGAUCCUGUUUGCUCUGCUGCGACGCACCUCUCCACUCGCGUACCGCCACCUGGAGAAGCACAAAAUUGACCCCAUCCUCUACAUGACCGAGUGGUUCAUGUGCGCCUUCUCCAGGACGCUGCCCUGGGCCUCGGUGCUGCGGGUCUGGGACAUGUUCCUCUGUGACGGAGUGAAGAUCAUAUUCCGAGUGGGCCUGGUGCUGCUCAAGUCCAUGCUGGGAAGUCGUGAGAAGCUGAAGGCCUGUCAGGGCCAGUACGAAACCAUGGAGCUCCUUCGAGCCAUUGAGCCACGCUACAUGCAGGAGGGCUUUAUGGUGCGAGAGGUCCUGGAAGUCCCCGUGACGGCCCGGGACGUGGAACGAGAGCAUCACUCCCAGCUGAAGCGAUGGAAAAAGAAUCGCGGCGAGCUGAACUUCAAAUCCCCGCCCAGGAUGCACGGCGCGCGCCUCAUCAUGCUGGCCGACCCGCCGCGGCGCCAGGACCUGCAGCAGAACCCCACCAUCGUGCUGGAGAUGCCCACGCCGCAGCUGAGGAAGGACAAGAGGAGCAAGCGGAAGAGCAAGAAGAAUUCGCUGCUGGCAGAGGAGAUCCCCAACCCCUACCCGCUCCCCAGCGACACUCCACCUCCGCCAGCUGAUCCACCAGCGCCACCUGCUGUCAGCAUGGCGCCACAGACUGAAAAAGACUCCGCUCAGCUGCAGGCCUCGCCGCCUGCAGAUGAACCUCCUGCCAAAGAGUCGCCUCUUCAGCAAUCCACUCAAAGCCUCAGCAGCACAGAGCAGGACACUUACCUGUAACUGUGUGCGUGAGUCAUGAGCACCAGCAUCACCAGCCUGACCUUCACACAAGUGUGUUAUACUCCUACUCUCAUCUACUAGCUUGUGGGCAGCAUUGAAACAGCAGUAGAGUUACUACUAUUAAAGGCAGCCGCCGCCCGGGCCAGGAGGGGUGUGGCACAGUCACGGCAACACUAUAGUCAAAUGCCCCUGCUGCUGCUGCUGCCUCAAUACUAAACAUCUCACUGUUGAGAACUGCUUUACACCCUCCUGGAGACCAAGCUGGAAGUUGUGACUUUGCACCUGUGCUUCCGGUUAACAUGUCUGACACUCGUCUGGAGUGUUGCAGCCACUACUGUGACCUCACACCUGUGCAAGUGCGUUCAACAACGACGGCGUAAAACAUUAAUACAGGCGGAAUAAGAAUGGUCUUGGUUUCAUGUUGUGUGUCACAGUUCAGGUCGACUGUACUGUUCCAUGAGACCACACACACUAUCUUACGUUAUCCAUCUCAGCAUUGCGUGACACACACACACACACAGAGUCAGGUCUGCUUGGAGGUGAUGUGCACACCAGCUCCUGGUCCUGCAGGUGUCUUCACCCCUCUUCUGACCCAUGAGUCCGCGGAAAACGAAAAAAAAAGUUUGAGUCCAACAUUUUAAAAUGCAUUAUAUUUGCAGAAAAGGGUUCACAAUCAUCACAGCGAGGCCUUAAAUUUCACGUGUGUUUUGACUGGGGACGUCAGCAAUAUUCCUAGUUUAAGCUGAUCACAGCAGGACUGCGAUUCCGUCUUAGUGUGGGAGUUGUGUCGUCAGUCGAGGAGCAUUUCGUCGUCUUAACGUUUGGAUCGAACUGAAUUGCUUCAUCUGAAUUCAGUUAUUUAUUUUUGCCUUUGCAUCAGUGGUCAUUUCUUUUUGUUCGACUUAUUAUAACUGACCAAAACUGAGCGUACCGGGGGAGUUGAGCAGGGAAGUGAGGGAACACCACGUUCCUCCUUUUUUGUUUUUGUUUUUUCUCCUAUCUGUCCAAAAUGCUGCCUCCUGCCAAGCGCUGGUCUGUAUUUGUUGAGACAACCGUUUUCCUCCUGAACACUAAAUGGUGCUGACUCGGAUGUUCAGGUCCUCUCUAGACUCUCCAAAGCAGACCUCUUGCUUCCGAGGAAAGUCAGGUGACGUUUCAGUGCAGCGGCCUGCAGGUGGACAAUCACUCUGGCUCGUGUUCGCCACUAAAGGGAAAAGCUUCGCGGCACCUAUUUGCUUGUACAUAAGUUUGAGUUGAGUUAUUGGACAAAAGGUAAUCGGUCUCGAAUGAUCACACACACCUUCUGACACUUUCCUUUAUGCAAUAGUUAUAGUGGCUUGUAUAACUACACACUUUCGCCUGGCUGUUCUGUUUUUAUGUUGUAAAAAAUGACGAUUUCUAUCGAUAUAUUUUUGAUGUGUCAUAAGAAACGAAGAUUGCUGAGAGUGUAAAGUCUCCAUAAAAACGUGUUCUUAUAACCAAAGCGUGCAACACUAGUGGGGUUUGAUCAGUCGACCUGCUGGUGGUUGGCUGUUGGGAAGCAUCCAGACAUCACCUGGGGAGAUUUUAUAAAUUAAUUAAA